AUGCUGCAUGAAGGAAACCAGAGUACUGACAUCACCUUUGUGCUCCUGGGCUUCUCAGAAUACCCGGACCUCCAGGUGCCCCUCUUCCUGAUUUUCUUGACCAUCUAUGCAGUUUCUGUAGUAGGGAAUCUCAGUAUGAUCCUGCUCAUCCGAAUCAAUCCUAAACUCCACACCCCCAUGUACUUUUUCCUCAGUUAUCUGUCCUUUCUUGACUUCUGUUAUUCCUCUGUACUUACACCCAAACUGUUAGAGAUCUUGGUUGUGGAAAUCAAAACUAUCUCUUUCAUGGGUUGCAUGAUGCAAUUUUUCUUUGGCUGCACAUUUGUGAUUACAGGAAUGUUCAUGUUAGCAGUGAUGGCCUAUGACCGCUUUGUGGCUGUUUGUAACCCGCUGCUCUACACAGUUGCUAUGCCUCAGAAGCUGUGUGCCUUCCUGGUAGCUGGCUGUUGCAUUUGGGGUAUAGUAUGUUCCUUUGUACUAACCUAUUUUCUAAUGGCAUUAUCCUUCUGUGGAUCCCACAUCAUAAAACACUUUGGCUGUGAGUAUUCAGCCCUCAUCGCUGCUUCCUGCUCUGACACUUCGCUCAACCUGAUGCUAAGUUUCAUCAUUUCUACCUUCAAUGAGGCAAGUAGCCUCCUGAUUAUCCUCGCCUCCUAUGUUUUCCUUGUUGUCACUAUCAUCAAGAUGCCCUCCACUGGUGGGCUCCGGAAAGCCUUCUCCACCUGUGCCUCCCACCUGACUGCCAUCACCAUCUUCCAUGGGAUCAUCCUGCUUCUCUACUGUAUGCCCCAGUCCAAAAACCCACUGCUCCUUGUCAAAGUGGCCACUGUGCUUUAUGCAGUCGUGAUCCCUAUGCUCAACCCCCUUAUCUACAGCCUUAGAAACAAAGACGUGAAGGAGGCAGUCAGGAAGCUAAUCAACACCAAACUGCUUUCUCACCCAACGUAA